AUGUUGAAAAGCAGCAACUUAAAUAGUGUCAUUGAUCAACUCGAUGCCGAUCGCACGGUCAGCGGCGCUGCCGUGGUACCAGAGAACAACAACAAGCUAGUGAAAACAGACGACAACGAAUGCUCCAUGGCAGCCUUACAAAUGUCCUUCGGAAUACUCGAAAUAGCCGAGCCGCCCUUAGUACGUGUCCGAGCGCAGCUCAAGGAAUUAAUUGGCAAGCAAAACAAGUUCUACAUUGACGUCUCCAAGGAGAAAUAUAAGCUGGACUGCAGUGAGGUAGCAAAAUUAAUUGAUAUGAUGAAUGAUGUGAAGCGCUACAAAGAGAGACUGGUGAAAAUAAAAAAGGAUAUGCAGUCCAUUUACCAACGGUCUAAGGUUCUAAAGAAACGAGCCGCCAACGUGGCCACCUGCAAGCAGCGCGAUUACCAGCGCAAACUCGAAAAGCAACAGCAGGAGGAGUCGCUCAUAGGCGGCCAGUUGCAGUAGUUAAAUUUGUAGGUCUAAGCUAUCAUAAGUAAUUACAAAGUUGCCGAGCCCAAACAUGGGUAAGGCAAACGCUGACAAGAAUCUAGAACUAGAGCUAAUUAAACAUAUAUUAUUUAAAUGUUUAUCUAUGGAUUAAAGCCCAUAAUUGACUUAUACAAACAAGUUGCUAACUAUUUGUAUAUGUUCUGUAUAUAAUUUGGUAAAUACUUUCGAGAUUUCACAGUAUAUUUAUAAUUGAAAUGAAGCUACAUGCAAGUGAAGCCAAUUUUGAUAUGCCAAUUGUUCAUUUUAAGUAUCUAAUAGUGUACAAAAUAUAACAUUUAAACAUUCACAGCGCUAAAACGA